AUGUUGUUCUAUAACAAGGCAAUAAUAUUGAUUCCACAGAUACUACUUUGCGCCCUGUUAUUCACGACAGCAGUUUUAUGUGAAGACCCUCCAGGUACAAAAGCGCUUUCAGAUCAUACCCAAGCAACCAAAAUGCCGGAGCAGCCCAAAACAUCUGAUCAGCAGAAAGUCCAUGAUCAAACGAAAAUGCAUGAGCCGAAAAUACAUGAUCAAAAUGAAAUGCACGAGCAACCUAGAAUGCCAGAACAGCCAAAAAUGCCAGAGCAGCCAAAAAUGCAUGAGCAACCAAAGAUGCCGGAUAGGAAAGUGCCAGGUUACAACUAG